UUUAUUUCGCCCGAACCCCCACUUGAGGAACCCGAACCUCUCUCACUCUGUCAACAGUGAAAGAAGGCAAUCCAAUGGCAGAUGGUAAUCACAGUGAGCUCCCUACAGUUCUGGUACUUCGCCGAUGCCCAACCAUUGCUCUCUUGGAACCCAUAGUCUCUCAAAAAUUCAACUUACUGAAAGCCUGGGACUCUCCUCUCCCUCAAGACCAGUUCUUGACCACCCACGCCAGCUCCGCCGCCGAUGGGCCACCCAUCACCGCCCAAAUCCUCCACUUGCUCCCCUCCCUCAAAGUCAUAGCCACCACCAGCGCCAUCCUUGACCACGUUGACUUGGCCGAGUGUCGACGCCGCGGCGUUGCUGUCGCCGACGCCGGUAAAGCCUUUGCUGAGGACGCUGCUGACUCGGCUGUGGGGCUGUUCAUUGAUGUCAUGAGAAAGAUUUCGGCUUCGAAUCGGUAUGUUAGGGAUGGGCUCUGGGCUACCAGAGGAGACUAUCCUCUUGGUUCUAAGAUUGGAGGAAAGAAGGUCGGUAUUGUUGGAUUGGGCAACAUUGGGUUAGAAGUUGCAAAACGAUUAGAGGCAUUUGGCUGCACUGUCUUGUACAAUUCGAGGAGUGAAAAGCCAUCUUUGCCAUACCAAUUUUAUUCCAAUGUGUGUGAGCUUGCAGCAGACAGUGAUGCUCUCAUAAUCUGCUGUGCAUUGACAGGGGAAACCCACCACAUGAUCAACAAGGAAGUAUUGUCUGCGUUGGGAAGAGAGGGCGUGAUUGUUAAUGUAGGGCGCAGAGUUAUUAUCGAUGAGAAGGAAAUGGUGCAGUGUUUGGUGCGACGAGAGAUAAGGGGUGCUGGCUUGGAUGUGUUUGAGAAUGAGCCUGAUGUUCCUAAAGAGCUCUUUGCAUUGGAUAAUGUUGUACUGUCACUGCAUCAAGCUGUCGCUACCCAUGAAGCUAUCGUGGCUUUGGGUGAAUUAGUAACAGGGAAUUUGGAAUCAUUCUUCUCGAACAAACCGUUGCUUUCUUCGGCUGUGAUUAAUUCAAUGGAGUUCUGUUUGCAGGGUACAAAAUUGAUACAAUUAAUAAGGCAAUGAGGGAAGACAGUGCUGAAGAACUGCAGUUUUAUUAUUACUGGUAUUAUCUUUUGGUUGUGGUCAGUGUGAAUAAUUUGCCAAUGAUGAUAAUUGUUGAACUUUUG